AUGGUCGGAUCUGGUAAGAUCCGAUCGGAUCCAGCAUCGGAUUUGUUGACCUGGUUUGAUGAAGAACCGUUGGAUCUGUCAAUUUCAUCUGUCAAAGUCAGCAUCAAUACUGUAAAAACUCGCCUUUGCACCGAACUUUGUUUCAAAUGUAUUGAAAAUAACACAUGCCUAAGAAACGAAUUCGUAAAAACCACACUGUCGUACCGGAUGGUACAAAAUCAACUCGUAAUGGAUUCUAGUUCUUCGUCAUAUGAAAGUAGCGAUACUGACAGUGAAGAGGGAUUUCAAGUAGCAACAUCCAAAUCGAAAUCCAAAAGAAAGAAAACGCUGCAUUGGAUUAAAAGACCAUUCACAGCUCCUUCAGCAACGUUCAGCGAAAACAUACCACUACCGACCAAUUCUGAAUUCGAACCAGUCGAUUAUUUCUACUCGAUGUUUGGUAAAGAUUCAAUCGAUAUUUUGAAGAAUCAAUCCAAUCUAUAUUCUGUGCAAAUUAAUCCAAACCGACCUGUCAAUAUUUCCGACACCGAAAUCCGCCAAUUUAUCGGCAUUCUUAUCAUGACUGGAGUAUAUGGUUUUCCACAACAACGAUUCUAUUGGACAAAUGGUACACGUAUUCCAUCAAUUGCUUCGGCGAUGAGCCGAGAUCGAUUCCUUCAAAUAAAGAAAUUUCUUCAUGUCGUUGAUAAUACGAAUCAACCAGAUCGAAACGAUCCUAAUUUUGAUCGAGCAUUCAAGGUUCGACCUUUACUGAACAUUGUCAGAGAAAGUUUUCGACAAAUUCCGAAAGAGGAACAUCUGAGCGUCGAUGAACAAAUAAUACCUUUCAAAGGUAAAAGCAUAAUGAAACAGCAUAUGCCGAACAAACCUAAUCGAUGGGGCUACAAGAUGUACUUACUUGCGGGUGGCCAAAGCGGUAUUUGCUACGAUUUUGCUUUUUACACAGGCAAAGCCAAUGGAACACAACAUGGAUUUUGCACAGAUAUAGUAUUGCAAUUAAGUGAAACUAUUCCACGAAUGAAAAAUUACAAACUCUAUUUCGAUAAUUACUUUACAACAAUUCGGCUGGAAGUUGAACUACACAAACUAGGAAUUUAUUCGGUCGGUACUAUUCGAACAAACCGCUUGUCAAACCUCGUGAUGAAGGAUGCUAAAACAUUAGAACAGGAAGGUCGAGGUGCCAUGGACGAGCGUAUUGUUUUAGUGGACGACGUUGUUUUAUGCGCUACUAGAUGGCUCGACAACAACGUGGUUAACUGUCUUUCUACGUUGCACGGCUGUGAAUCACAGGAUGUAGUCAAACGAUGGUCUGCAUCAGAGAAAAAACACAUUGAAGUUCCACGUCCAAAUGUAAUCAAGUCUUACAAUCAAUUCAUGGGUGGUGUGGAUUUACAUGACAUGCUCAUAUCAUUAUAUAGAAUAAAUGUUCGUUCUCAAAAAUAUUAUAUUAAAAUCAUCUUUCAUCUGAUCGAUCUAUCCAUUGUUAAUGGCUGGCUAUUAUAUCGUCGUCAUUGUGAUCAACGUCGAUUACCAAAAAAUAAAAUUCUUACUUUACUACAAUUUAGGAUGGCAGUCGCUGACGCUUUAACGAAACCAGUAGUACCUGAACGUCCAGUCCAGCGAGGGCGACCAGUUGCACGCCAUCGCUCAGAAGAAACAAGUCGAUCUAAUCAACGACGAGCUACGGCUACUCAACUUCCAUCAACGAAGACACGUCGAGACGGAUUCCAGCACUGGCCUAAGACAACAACUAAAGGGCGUUGUCGUAAUACCGGGUGCUACAUGAUACCGAAACUUUUGCAUAAGAAAAAUUUUUCUCACCUCUUGACCCCUUGCGGCCGGUUGUUGCCAUUUGGCAACAUCUUCGCGUUCUGUUAUAUACUGAUUUAUCGUACCUCAUAG